CAUUCUUUUUUAAUCGCCUCCUCGUCAUUUGAUUCUACUACAGUAGAAGGAAAAACACAAUAAAGACAUUUGAGUGGCACGCACGUUCCAUUUUUCUAUCACAACAAACUCACAAAAACGUGAGAGAGACAACAAAAGAACAGAGAGUUUUUGGUCGCCGACCAUAUCACCAGAGUAGAGAAAUAGAUAAAGAAAAUCGGCAAAACUCAAAGCUUCUUCCAUUAAGUAGGAGUUUGAAUGGUUGUUUGUUUGUAAUGGGUUGUAUUUGCGCCACCGCGCGUUCUCCAAACGCCGCCGUUGCAAACAAGGAGCUACUAGAUUCCAGCAAAUCCAUUGUUCAUCUCAUCCCUCGUCCACCGUCGUCGUCAGCUUCUUCAUCCAAAAAGGAAGGAUCUUUCACAUGUCCGACUUCUACAGCUUCCAUCACCGUCGUGGCCAAUGGUUACCCAGUGGUGCGUCGUCCCUCCACGUCAUCUGAUCGAAACAGCAAUAAACCAGCGGUUGUUGUGGGAGCUCCGGCCAGGAACCACACCAGAAGAGUCACGGAUAUGCCGGUGGUGCAGCCUACGCAGCAGCCACAGCGUCUGACCGGAAAUAAAACAGAACUAGCCAAGGCAGAAUGGCCGUCUUGGUUGGCUUCUGUUGCUGGAGAAGCUAUCAAAGGAUGGGUUCCUCGCAGCGCAGAUUCCUAUGAGAAGUUAGACAAAAUUGGACAGGGGACUUACAGCAGCGUGUAUAAAGCUAGAGACCUGGAAACGGGAAAGAUUGUGGCGAUGAAGAAAGUUCGGUUUGUGAAUAUGGAUCCAGAGAGUGUCCGGUUUAUGGCCAGGGAGAUUCUCAUUCUCCGAAAGCUUGAUCACCCCAAUGUUAUGAAGCUUGAAGGUCUAGUCACCUCUAGACUCUCAGGUAGCCUCUACCUUGUCUUUGAGUACAUGGAACACGAUCUUGCAGGUCUAGCUGCAACUCCUGGAAUCAAAUUCUCUGAACCUCAGAUCAAGUGCUAUAUGCAACAACUGUUCCGUGGGCUUGAACAUUGCCACAGACGAGGAAUCCUCCACCGUGAUAUUAAGGGAUCUAACCUCUUGAUUAAUAACGAAGGUGUUUUGAAGAUUGGUGAUUUUGGUUUGGCGAAUUUUUAUCGGGGUGAUCAAGAUCUGCAGCUGACUAGUCGCGUUGUAACUUUAUGGUACAGAGCACCUGAGCUGUUGCUCGGUGCCACCGAGUAUGGACCAGCCAUAGACCUGUGGAGCGCCGGCUGCAUUCUCACUGAGCUCUUCGCCGGAAAGCCUAUUAUGCCAGGACGCACAGAGGUGGAGCAGAUGCACAAGAUCUUUAAGCUAUGUGGUUCACCCUCAGAAGAUUACUGGAGAAGAGCAACUCUGCCACUUGCAACAAGCUUUAAACCGAGUCAUCCUUACAAGCCCGUUCUUGCUGAAACCUUUAAUCAUUUUCCUGCAUCAGCUCUGACACUCAUCAAUAAGCUACUGGCAAUAGAACCUGAGAAACGUGGAUCAGCUGCUUCUGCCUUGAGGAGCGAAUUCUUCACCACGGAGCCACUCCCUGCUAAUCCAGCAAACUUACCUAGAUACCCACCAAGCAAGGAACUUGACGCUAAGCUUCGCAACGAAGAAGCGAGAAAACUAAGGGCAGAGGAUAACAAGAGAAGAGGGGGAGAAACUGUGACAAGAGGACGGCCAAAAGAUCAUAAAACUGCCCAGACACCUGAGUUUAUGGCCGCAGGACAGUCCAAAGUCACGUGCAUUAGCCAUAAGUUCAAAACAGACGAGGAAGGUGGCACCGGGUUUAGGAUCGAACCACCCAGAAGAGGGAUCCAGCAGAAUGGUCACGCUCAUGCUUCUUCAAUGGUUCAUCCAAUUGUUGCUGGUAAAGAAUGGAACAGAGGUGGAAGCAUGAAAAGACAAACUAAUGCAGAGCUGAAGUCUAGGAUAUCACAAACAGGAGAAUUGUCUGGCUCUUCUUAUAGAAGAGAUCCCAACAGAGAUUACUCAACCGGAAACGCACCAAGGAAAAACAGAAUCCAUUACUCAGGACCAUUGAUGCCUCCUGGUGGAAAUCUUGAAGAUUUGCUCAAAGAGCACGAGAAGCAGAUCCAACAAGCUGUCCGCAAAGCCCGUGUCGAAAAGUCUGGAUCAAGGAAAACAGGGCAGCAGCAGCGUUACGCAGGAAGAAAUGCUCGGUAGCUAAAAGAGAUGGAAAGAAACAAGAAGAAGAAAUUUAAGCAGCAUAGCACAUGUAUUGAGGUUUCAUCAAGCCAUAGAAACCCAAAAAAAAGCGUUUUUGUUUUUUGUUUUUGCCUCUUCUGCGCGUGAAGCCAGGGAUUGAUGCAAUGUAUAGUCAAAUAUUGUUUCAUAGGCCAACAAGAUUGACGACUAUAAUGUCAAACUUCGUUUUGUAGAUACGCAAGGCAAAAUAACUCCAAGUUCGCUACUUUUAAACCACCCAUGAGCUGAAAACUAAAAACCUGUUCACAAAUCCACAUAACAAGCUAAUUCUACACGCAGCUCUGAUUUAAUAGCCUCACUCAAGUUUCCUUUUCAAAGCUGAGAAAAAGUCCACGACAACUGAAGCUGGAUUCUUGAGAAAUUAGAAUACCUUUU